CGCCUCCUGGAUGGGUCGUAGGCGGGUUUAUGGCACAGGCGUCGCAUUUAGGAUUUCAGCAUUACGAUCAAGACUUGUUUUAUUUAUUUAUGUAUUUAUUUGUCUGUGUGUUGGUUCAUCCUCACCCGGGGAUGUUUUCCCCAUUGAUUUUUAGAGAGAGAGGAAGAGAGAGAGGGAAAGACAGAGAGCAACAUCGAUGGGAGAGACACAUCCAUGGGUUGCCUCCUGCACGCGCCCAGACCCUGACCUGGGGCCAGGGAGGAGCCUGCCACCGAGGUCCGUGCCCUUGACCGGAAUCGAACCCGGGACCCUUCGAUCCGCAGGCUGAUGCUCCACCCACUGAGCCACACCGGCCGAGACUUGUUUUAGGCGCACAGCCGGGUGAAGGCGGAGUCCAGGUUAGAAACCUGACGGUCGGUGCCCAUCCUCCCUUUUCAGAUCAGGACGCUGCGGCCCAGAGAGGUUCAGCAAGUCCGCCGAGGUCACACAGCAUCCAGCGCCGCCCAGCGCCUGUUGCGUGGGAGGAGAAGCUCAGCCAGGAUGGGGUUCGCCGGGAGGUGGGACCGCUCCUUCCAGCCGCCGCUGCUGCUGCUGCUGCGGCUGCUGACAGCCAGCUGGCUCCUCCAGCCCGGGGCCGGGGCCGCAGAGACCCCCGAGUGCCCAGACAAGAGCCCCGAGCUGCAGCCCUGGGACCCUGGCCACAACCGGGACAACCAUGUGCACAUCGGCCAGGGUCGGGCACUGCUGCUCACCUCGUCGGCCACCGUCCACUCCAUCCACAUCUCAGAUGGGGGAAGGCUGGUCAUUAAAGACCACGAGGAGACCAUUGUCCUGCGCACCCGCCACAUCCUCAUCGACCAUGGAGGAGAGCUGCAUGCUGGGAGCGCCCUCUGCCCCUUCCAGGGCAACUUCAGCAUCCUGCUGUACGGCAGGGCCGACGAGGGGGUGCAGCCGGACCCCUACUUCGGCCUCAAGUACAUCGGGGUGGGCCCGGGCGGCACGCUGGAGCUGCACGGGCAGCGCAAGCUCUCCUGGACCUUCCUGACCCGCACGCUGCACCCGGGCGGCCUGCAGGAUGGCGGCUACUAUUUCGAAAGGAGCUGGGGCCACCGGGGCGUCAUCGUCCACGUCAUCGACCCCAGGUCGGGGGCGGUCAUCCACUCGGACCGGUUCGACACCUACAGGUUCAAGAAGGAGAGCGAGCGCCUGGUGCAGUACCUGAACGCCGUGCCCGGCGGCAGCAUCCUGUCCGUGGCCGUGAACGACGAGGGGUCCCGGAACCUGGACGACUCGGCCCGGAAGGCGAUGACCAAGCUGGGCAGCAAGCACUUCCUGCAUCUCGGCUUCAGACACCCCUGGAGCUUCGUGACGGUGAAGGGAAACCCGGCGUCCUCCGUGGAAGACCACGUGGAGUACCACGGUCACGGGGGCUCCGCCGCCGCCCGGGUGUUCAAACUGUUCCGGUCGGAGCAUGGCGAGUACUUCAACGUGUCUGCCUCCAGCGAGUGGGUUCAAGACGCCGAGUGGACGGAAUGGUUUGACCACGACGGAGCGGCCCCCGCCAAAGGCGGGGCGAAGAUCUCCGACCUCCGGGCGGCCCACCCGGGCAAGAUCUGCAUCCGCCCGCUGGACAUCCAGGCCACGGCGGCGGACGGAGCCAACCUCACCAUCGAGGCCGUCUACAAGCGGGGCCAGGAUUACAGGUUCGCCUGCUACGCCCAGGGCCACGCCUGCCCGCCCUACCGCGUGCGGUUCCUGUGCGGGAGGCCGGUGAGGCCCAAGCUCACCGUCACCAUCGACACCCACGUCAACAGCACGCUCCUGACGCUGGAGGCCGACGUGCGGUCGUGGAAGCCUGGGGACACCGUGGUGGUGGCCAGCACCGACUACUCCAUGUACCAGGCCGAGGAGUUCCGGGUCCUCUCCUGCCGGGCCUGUGCCCCCAACCAGGUCCGAGUAGCAGGGAAGCCCAUGUACCUGCACAUCGGGGAGGAGGUCGACGGCGUGGACAUGCGGGCCGAGGUCGGGCUGCUGAGCCGCAACUUGGUGAUCGCAGGGGAGAUGGAGGCCGGGUGCUACCCCUACACCAGCCACAUCUGCAGCUUCUUCGACUUCGACACCUUCGGGGGCCACAUCAAGUUCGCCCUGGGCUUCAAGGCCGCGCACCUGGAGGGCGUGGAGCUGCGGCACAUGGGGCAGCAGCUGGUGGGCCAGUACCCCAUCCACUUCCACCUGGCGGGCGACCUGGACGAGCGCGGCGGCUACGACCCGCCCACCUACGUGCGGGACCUGUCCAUCCACCACACCUUCUCGCGCUGCGUCACCGUCCACGGCUCCAACGGCUUGCUGGUCAAGGACGUCGUGGGCUACGACUCGCUGGGCCACUGCUUCUUCACGGAGGACGGGCCGGAGGAGCGCAACACCUUCGACCACUGCCUGGGCCUCCUCGUCAAGGCGGGGACGCUCCUGCCCUCCGACCGGGACAGCAGGAUGUGCAAGGCCAUCACGGAGGACGCCUUCCCGGGCUACAUCCCCAAGCCCAGGCAGGACUGCAACGGAGUGUCCACCUUCUGGAUGGCCAAUCCCAACAACAACCUGGUGAACUGCAGUGCCGCGGGGUCCGAGGAGACGGGGUUCUGGUUCAUUUUCCACCAUGUGCCGACGGGCCCCUCGGUGGGCAUGUACUCCCCGGGCUACUCAGAGCACAUCCCCCUGGGAAAGUUCCAGAACAACCGGGCACAUUCCAACUACCGGGCUGGCAUGAUCAUCGACAACGGCGUCAAGACCACAGAAGCCUCCGCCAAAGACAAGCGGCCCUUCCUCUCGAUCAUCUCGGCCAGGUACAGCCCGCACCAGGACGCUGACCCGCUGAAGCCCCGGGUGCCGGCCAUCAUCAAGCACUUCACCGCCUACAAGAACCAGGACCACGGGGCAUGGCUGCGAGGCGGGGACGUGUGGCUGGACAGCUGCCGGUUCGCUGACAAUGGCAUCGGCCUGACCCUGGCCAGUGGCGGGACCUUCCCCUACGACGAUGGCUCCAAGCAGGAGAUCAAGAACAGCCUGUUCGUGGGCGAGAGCGGCAACGUGGGGACCAAGAUGAUGGACAGCAGGAUCUGGGGCCCCGGCGGCCUGGACCCCAGCGGGAGGACCCUGCCGAUCGGCCAGAACUUUCCCAUCCGGGGGAUCCAGUUCUACGACGGCCCCAUCAACAUCCAGAACUGCACCUUCCGCAAGUUCGCGGCCCUGGAGGGCCGGCACACCAGCGCCCUGGCCUUCCGCCUGAACAACGCUUGGCAGAGCUGCCCCCACAACAACGUGUCCCAUGUCACCUUCGAGGACGUCCCGAUCACGUCCAGAGUGUUCUUCGGGGAGCCCGGGCCCUGGUUCAACCAGCUGGACAUGGACGGCGACAAGACGUCGGUGUUCCACGACGUGGACGGCUCCGUGUCCGAGUACCCCGGCUCCUACCUCACCAAGGCCGACAACUGGCUGCUGCGGCACCCCGACUGCAUCGACGUCCCCGACUGGCGGGGGGCCAUCUGCAGCGGGCACUACGCACAGAUGUACAUCCAGGCCUACAGGACCAGCAACCUGCGCAUGAAGAUCGUCAAGAACGACUUCCCGGGGCGCCCCCUGCACCUGGAGGGCGCGCUGACCAGGAGCACCCACUACCAGCAGUACCAGCCGGUCGUCACGCUGCGCAAGGGCUACACCAUCCACUGGGACCGCACGGCGCCCGCCGAGCUCGCCAUCUGGCUCAUCAACUUCAACAAGGGCGACUGGAUCCGCGUGGGGCUCUGCUACCCCCGGGGCACCACCUUCUCCAUCCUCUCGGACGUGCACAACCGCCUGCUGAAGCAGACGUCCAAGACGGGCACCUUCGUGCGGACCCUGCAGAUGGACAAGCUGGAGCAGAGCGUCCCCGGCCGCAGCCACUACUACUGGGACGAGGCCUCGGGGCUGCUGUUCCUGAAGCUGACGGCCCAGAACGAGAGGGAGAAAUUUGCCUUCUGCUCGGUGAAGGGCUGCGAGAGGAUCAAGAUCAAGGCUCUGAUCCCCCGGAACGCGGGCGUCAGCGACUGCACGGCCACCGCCUACCCCCGCUUCGCCGAGAGGGCCACGGUGGACGUGCUGAUGCCCCGGAAGCUGGUCGGGGCGCAGCUGAAAACAAAGGACCACUUCUUGGAGGUGAAGCUGGAAAGUUUCAAGCAGCGAUUCUUGCACCUUCUCAAUGACCUGGCUUACAUCGAGGUGGGCGGCAGGCGGUACCCCGGCCUGGAGGAGGGCAUCCAGGUGGUGGUGGUCGACGGCAGCCACGGGCGCGUGCUGAGCCACGCGAGCUUCCGGAACGCUGUUCUGCAGGGCAUCCCCUGGCAGCUCUUCAACCACGUGGCGGCCAUCCCCGACAGCUCCAUCGUCCUCGUGGCGUCCAAGGGAAGGUUCGUCUCCAGAGGCCCGUGGACGCGCGUGCUGGAGAAGCUCGGGGCGGACAAGGGGCUCAAGUUGAAAGACAAAAUGGUCUUCGUUGGCUUCAAAGGCAGCUUCCGGCCCACCUGGGUGACCCUGGCCACCGAGGACCACCAGGCCAAAAUCUUCCAGGUGGUGCCCAUCCCCGUGGUGAGGAAGAAGAGGUUGUGAGGAGCGUGACGGCGGACUCUUGGCAGCGGACCCGGGGGCGGGGGACGGGGGGCUGGCUCCCCAGUCCCCGCCCAGCGGCUGCCGGGAAAGGCCAAGCAUCCGGCCAGCCCGAGGGAAGGACGCCGAGACCCCGGUGCCUCUGCCUGCCCCACUCGUGCCUACUACAGCCCCAGGCAGCGCCGGCCGAUGCGGACACCUCAUCUUCCCUGCGGCUCUUGGGUGCUUCUCUCCCAUCCGUGCCUCUCGGGGGAGGGGGGGUUAGGGACCACGCUCAGAGGCCUGGCUGGCUGGCAGCAGGGAUGUGCGCUGGGUCCCUCCCAAGCCCCAUGCUCCCAGCACACGCAUUAGGGGGGGAGAUGUAGGCCAAGGAGCCCCGGUUUUAGGGGAACCUGUAUCCUGUAAGAAGCAGCCUUCACGGGGUUAGGAGUGGAGACGGGCCGGCUGCGCUUGAAGAGGUGAGGGUGCCUCUGGGGGGCCCACCUUUCAGGGGAAUCCAGGUCCCAGGUUGAGAUCUGACUGUGUGACUUUUAAAGUCAGAGAUUCCAGGUGUCCGUGCUCUCCCUGUUGUGCCUGGAACCAGGCGCGGGUGAGAACAGCCGUGAGGCUGAGGGGGGUGCCUAGGGGAGGGGCAGGCCAGGCAGUCAGGGACACGUGCCCUCAGAGGAACCAGAGUGUAAAAUCGGGACCAAAACCGGUCCCGAGGAGGGAAAGAUCUUCCCUGCCUGGGUAAGCCGGGAAGACUUCCUGGAGGAGGCGGCAGCGGGGCUCGCAGGAACGACGGGCAGCCUCCUUUGCUCCAACUACCAGCCGGCCCGCAUGUGCGGGAGCACACAGCCGCGGCGACUCCAUUGGUGCUACCCGUUCCACGGCCCAGCAGCCAACCUGGCCAGGCCCGCGGGCAUCCUCAGCCAACCCCCUGGGCUCCGGGCUGCUCUCGGAGGGCCCUGCGGCUCCUGCCGUCCUCUCCCUCCCCGGCCCACCCGGGAGAAGGCCGAGAGCUCCGUGCAGAGGGGAACGGCCUGUGGUUACAGCUGGUGCCGCCCCCAGGGCACUUGGUCUCGCCAUGAACUGCCUGCCCCCCUCCUUCCCAACCAGGACCUCUUCCCCCCAAGAGGGCCCAGCUGCACCCAGGAGGCCCCUAGCGGGUCGUGCCCGGGCUGCGCCCACUGCCAGAGGCGACAGCGGGGCUGCCGGCCGUCCCAGGAAGGCCCUCCUCCGGGCAGGGCGUCAGUGACCUCAUGUUCUUCUGUCUCUCGUUCUGUCAGUUUUUCCAACUCUUCGUGCAAGGGUCUCACACUGUGAACCACGUGGGUGGGAUGCGGCCGCCCUGGGCGGCCGGGAUCGGGCCCGAGUUCGGUCCGGUCCGGUCCGGAAAUAAUCUAUUUGAGGAUCCUCAGCUGUACAUACGUCCGCGUCGAACCUGCCCGCGCCCAUGAGCCAGGCUUCCGAGGAGAACUACACGCCAACGACACGCGUGUCCUUUUCCUGUUGCCCAAACAGCUGGCCUCUUCCGGGAAGGCGCCGGAUGGUGUUUUGUAUGUAAACAUUUCUUGUGUGCGUCACCGGGGACAGAGAUCUAUUUUCUAUUUAUUUAUUAUCUGUGCACAUGGAGAAACCCCGGUCAGAGCAAUGAAGGGCUGUUUGUUGUACGUGUUGUCUGGGGGGGGCCCUCGCUGUACCACAGUAAACGCGCAGAGGUGCCACUUGUCUGUCUGUUCUUUCCCUUUAAACUGCGUCUCACAGCCCCGGCCGGUGUGGCUCGGUGGAUAGAGCGUCGGCCCGCAGACUGAAGGGUC